UGUUUGAGCUGCGAGCACCAUGCGACUCCUAACACACACUUCGGCACAGUCAAGUAGCGAAGACGCACAGACUUCACUGGUGCUGAUAUGUGCCGAUCGGCCUCAACUGUAGCGGCGGCGCUUAGUCAUUCGUCUCUCUUUUCUGAAGCUCUAUCGCCGUCGUCAAAAUAUCAAACGAUUCAAAGAAUUCGUAUACUAAAAAGUAAGAAAGUGGUUAAAUUAAAAAGAACUCAGUCGUCCGCAAUUCUUGUAUCAUUAUGCAGCGUGGAGGGAAUACCUUCUCUUUUGUACACUCUGCGAUCACAGGACUUAAGGAGCCACAGUGGCCAAGUGAGUUUUCCUGGAGGUCAAUUUGAUGAGAGUGACAGAGAUGUGAUUCAUACUGCAAUCAGAGAAACGGAAGAGGAAAUUGGCAUACCACAAUCUUCAAUCGAUGUUUGGGAGGUUUUGCCACCAAUUGGGAGGUAUUACAUGAACCCAAUCCAUCCAGUUGUUGGGAACCUUGGCAGCGUAACAGUUGAUAAUCUCAUGAUAAACGAUUCCGAGGUCUCUAAGGUAUUCACUGUUCCAUUAGAAUAUCUAUGUUGUCGUGAUAAUAUAAAGCAAACAAGUUUUCGUCCUCCUGUGGAUUCCGCCUAUGCACUACCAUAUAUUUUGCCAGUGUUCACUACAAAACCUAGGAUAUGGGGACUGACAGCUGUAGCAACAGAGUUAUUUCUUUCCACUAUGUAUCCUGGUAUAUUUCCUAGGCCUGUUGGUAAAUUCUUACCAAGGUAGCAAAGACUCGCCUUUUCUUCUUCGUAUUGCUAUAUGGUAAAAACCUUUUAAUCAUUAUCUUACCGUAAUUAGUGCAUUUUACUGUUUUAUCUGCACAAUUAAAAUUAUAUUACUACUUAUUUAUAUGUUAAUUUAAGUUUUCAAGUGUGUCGAUAAUUUCAAAAAUGGUGAAGUGAUCACCUGUUUUUUUAGUAUUGCUGAGGUUUUAAAUUUGAAGAACAUAUUCAUUGCCUUAUCUGCUUUUUCAGGAAUUGAAGUUCAUAUGCUUUUUUGUAAAAUAUAUACUUGUAAGUAUAUUUGACAUCAUGCUCCUCAGGGAAUAUUUUCGCUAUGUAUAAAACAUGGAGAGAUAUUCUCUGUUCAAAA